GAAAUGUUGCAGGAGUGCCCUAAGGCUCACACUGUCCCCAGCCAAAGAUCACAUUUAUACCCUCAACCACCAAACACUGAGAACAGUGUACAACAGCAGCUUAUGCUUACAUCAGCAACCACCCCCUCCAAACACACACACACGCACACACACACACACACAGACACACACACACACACACACCAACGCAUACACUUAUCCAGCGUCAUUGCGUUCCACCACUCAAGGACUUUCUCGUCUUUCCUUGGAAGUUUGUGGGCACAUUAAACCUUGUUCCUGAGACAGGACCCCCUGCUGCAGUGUGAGCCUCAUCUCAGCUCCAGCCUGACAGGCUUGUUCUUCAGAGGAAGGCGUGAGCAGUGAUGGGUGAUUGGAGUCUCCUGGGAAACUUCCUUGAAGAGGUGCAGGAGCACUCGACUUCGGUGGGCAAGGUCUGGCUGACCGUCCUCUUCAUCUUCCGCAUCCUGGUCCUGGGCACGGCGGCGGAGUCCUCCUGGGGCGAUGAGCAGUCGGACUUCAUGUGUGACACCAAGCAGCCUGGCUGCGUCAACGUGUGCUACGACAAGGCCUUCCCCAUCGCCCACAUCCGCUACUGGGUCCUGCAGAUCGUGUUCGUCUCCACCCCCUCCCUCAUCUACAUGGGCCACGCCAUGCACACGGUCCGCAUGGAGGACAAACGGCGCCAGAGGGAGCAGGAGCAGGGUGGGGAAGGGGGCGGAGCUGAGGAGAAGGGCUACCUGGAAGAGAGGGAGGCUGGGAAGGCCGAGCCCUGGGGAAAGAUUCGCCUGAAGGGGGCGCUGCUGAAGACGUACGUGCUCAGCAUCCUGAUCCGCACCGUCAUGGAGGUGACCUUCAUCGUGGUGCAGUACAUGAUUUACGGGAUCUUCCUCAACUCUCUCUACCUCUGCGAGGCCUGGCCCUGUCCAAACCGGGUCAACUGCUACAUGUCCCGCCCCACUGAGAAGAACGUCUUCAUCGUCUUCAUGCUGGCAGUGGCGGGAGUGUCGCUCUUCCUGAGCGUAGUGGAACUCUACCACCUGGCCUGGAAACAGUCCAAAAAGUGCCUGAGGGCCUAUGCUGCCUCCCACGCCCUGGACAGCACACCCUCUAUGGUGGUGCAAGUUUCCCCAGAGACCAGUGCGCCACCCCACACCUCCUGCACUCCGCCCCCUGACUUCAGUCAGUGCCUGGCACCGCCACCCGCUCACACCCACCCCAACUGCCACCCCUUCAACAACAGGAUGGCCCACCAGCAGAACUCUGCCAACCUGGCGACCGAACGCCGCCACAGCCACGGCAACCUGGAGGGGGAGGACUUCCUGGAGAUGAGCUCUGUGGAGGGGGCAGAGACUCCAGCUCCGCUGCUCCACGCCACAUUCCUCAAAGACAAGCGCCGGCUCAGCAAGACCAGCGGCUCCAGCAGCCGUGUGCGGCCCGACGACCUGGCCGUGUAGGCCCAGAACCUGGUUUAGGGAAAAGAGAAAAAAGAGAGAGGGCGGGAGGUAUGGAGGAAGGGAGGUAAAGAAAGAUGGAGGGGGGCAAUAUAGAGGGAGUGAGGGGGAGAGAGAGGGGAGGGGAGUGGAAAGGGGAGAGAGAUAGAGAAAAAGGAAAUGAGAAUCUGGCUGGGAUAGAAUAAAGAAAACCCAGCUAGACACAGAGAGCAAGAGAGAGAGAGCGAGAGAGGCUGUGAUUCAAGGCCCUACAAGGUGUUGACUGAGGUUCUCUUGCCCUGUGUCGGAGUGCACUUUAGUUCUGAUACCCCUUGAGCAGGUGCUCACUGUGUGCUGAGAAUGGGGACACUGUGAAACAGGCUGUGCUGUUGUACACUUUCAGAUGUCUACACAAAAAAAGAGACUGAGAAUAUUAGUUUAAAACUGUGUGAAAAUUACUUGUUUGAUGUGAGAGUGAACCAAUUGUUUGUAUCACGUCAUGGCACUGCAUUAUAUUAUAUUACCUUAGAGCCUUGAAAUGCCAGAUUGUCUUUCAAGUUGGUUCUUUUCUUAGCACUAAAAUCUUUGAGCUGGAGGACAAAUGCUGAUCUUUUACCACUGAGACCUAGGGGUUUAAGUUGUUUGGGAUAGUUUCUCCUAACUUACAUUUAUUUUCACAUUGUAAGAACAACACAUCACAUCCCUCAACAGGCACAAACCAGCUGCUGAACAGCUCUAUAUUUAUCCCCCUCACUCAUCCAAUGUAACAAGUGUUUGACACCCUGGUAUCAGUGACUGUAACCGUUACGUAUCUCCACCCAGUGUUAAGCCACUUUGCUGGAGGCUGUGGCAUGUCAGAAGACCACGUCCUAUGACACUAUGAAUGGCAAUGCUAUGAAUAAGACUUGCGGUCUGGCCGGAAAGUUGGGCUGCCUGGGACACACUGAUUUGUCUAAGCCUGUCACCACGAGCUGUCAGAAGCAAAGCAUGGAAAACAAUGUGAAAAGGGCACCCAGGGGUUAAAUGGCAACGCAUCUCCAAUAGCCCCGUCCUAGAAAAGAGCCCCUGCAGCUGUUAUUGUGUUGAGGUUCAUAUCACACAAACAAAAAUAUAUCUUAUAUAAAUAUAUCUCAAAGCACAGCUAUUAACUGCAAUAGCACAACGUCAUUCAUCCCCAGUUGUUCUGUUUUUAAAUCACAAGAUACUUGAGGGUUUUCUGAACUGAAGUCAUGAGAAACACAAAAUGAGUCAUUCCUUCAGAGCCAGAACUAAAGCACUGUUAUUCCACUGUAGCUUCUCUCAUAAACAGCACUAAAUCUGAAAUGAGACUUACCGACUUCCACGUGCAAUUCCUGACCAGUAUGGUUGUUGCAAACCUUCUGACCAAAAUUGUAUGUGUGUGCGUGUGCAUGUGUCUGUGUGUGCGUGUGUGUGAAUAAUGAAGAAAGAAUAAGUCAGUCAGCACAUAGGAAGUAAAGUACAAUUGAAUUCUGUUGGUUUAGCCGACAGUAAAUUAUACAAAAUAGUACCAAGCCUUAGGCAGUUUUUUGUAAAACAAUUAAAGUACAUAUCUAUUGUUUCAAUGUUUUUAUAAGCAUAUGAUUGUCAGCCAAAAGCAAGAAGAAUGCAGCCAAACUGUUUAACUGUUCAAUAUGGAUGUUUGAUUGCUCAUUAAACAAGUAUAGUAUCAUAUCCUGCCUCCAACUUGAAAAGACAUAUGACUGUGUGCUAGGUGACUGUAUCCAAAUGCUCUAAAUGCAUUUGUUCUACUAAACUUUUCCCUCAUAAGGAUACAUUGAUAAAUUAUUUUAAGUUCGAAGGGUUAGGGGGCUAUGCAGACAAUAGUAUAUAAAUCACUUUGCACUACAGCUGCAAGCACAUUUGGAUUUUCAUAUGGCACAGGUUGUAUCAUCCAUUGCCACAUGUUGAUAACAUUUCUCUUUAAAAUCUUCCAAAUCUUUUCUUUUCUAAUUGACACUAGGUUGUUUUUUUUAUUUUUACAUGAAUCUGCUCAAUUUUAAUAUUACAUUGCACAAAUGUGUGGAUGUUUUUAAAUUGUUUGUUAGUUUUUGUAUCAGUUUUAUAAACUGAUUACAGAGAAAGGCAUUGUUGCAGAUCGGUUUAUGCAGAUAUCUGUUACUAUAUAAACAAUCUGUCAUGGCUUAAAGCUAAAAAGGAAAAACCACAAUGCUUACCGCAAUAAAGAUCUGUCAAUUUCUGCACAGUGAA